AUGCGGAAAACUUUAUGCAUUUUAUUACUUCUUGUUUUGUGCUGUGUUGAUUUUUGUGGUGCUCAAGUGAACUAUAAUUCUAGUUACUGUACAGCUGAUAAAUGUCAAUUGGCAUCGAAUUGGACGCAACAAGGUUUCCUUCGUUUUUUAAAAUUGGCUAGAAAAGUUCUUCAGGGAUUAUUUAAGUAUCAUUGAAAAUCCUAUUUUUGUGUACAUAAUUCGAAUUUUCUAAUGUUAAAAAAUCAAAAAAUUUCUACAAAGCCUGAUAAAAAAUCAAACUACGUUCACAAAUUCAUUAUCAUUAUAAAAACUGUUUUUGAAAUAAAAAAAAAUUAUUUGUUUUCAGAAAUCUGCGAUUUUGUGAAUUGUAACGAUGAUGCUUGUGAAGGUGGAGGAUAUCUUUUAUGGACACAGUAUGUUGAAUGCGCUGGAUCCACUUUUAACAGGGUGAGAAAAUGUUCCAGCAGAAGUUAGUAGUGGUCUGUUAUAGAACGCAUUUCAGAAUGAUAAUCCUGAAUUUUGAGAAUCGAAAUUAGCUCAACUUUAAUUUCAGGUCAUACUAAUAGCACUUGGUGUUAUAUACAUGUUAUUAUUGUUUGUUAUGGUGAGCACGGCGGCUGAUGAUUUUUUCUCGCCAUCAAUUUCUUCGAUUGUGGCACAUUUGAGAAUUAGUGAAAGUGUAGCGGUGAGCAAUUUUUUCAAAUUUUAAUUUGAUUUAAAAAAAAACAUCAAAAAUUGUUAAACAAAACAUUUUACUGAAAAAUUAAUUUCCAAAAUCUUUCAGGGUGUAACAUUUAUGGCAUUCGGAAAUGGUGCACCAGAUGUUUUCGGCGCAAUCGCUUCUGUUCUAAGUAGUCCCACACCAAAAGCUGAUUUAGCGCUUGGUGAACUUUUUGGUGGCGGUCUUUUUGUGACAACGAUGGUUGUAUCAACGAUUAUUUUGACGAGUCCAUUUGAUGUCGAGAUUUUCAGCACAUUUCGAGAUUUGAUUUUUUAUCUCGUAGCGUUGGCAUUUUUGGGGCUUUGUUUUGUGUUUUAUAAUCAAGUUACACUUUGGAUGCCUUUGAGUAAGUUUUUUUUGAAUAUUUGAAAUUGAUGGAUUUUUUCAGCAUACCUCGGGAUUUAUGCAUGUUACGUGGUUACUGUAUUUGUUGCUCAGGCUAUUCAUAAUCGACAAAGAGUGGGUUUUUGGAACUUUUUAUCUCUUCCAAUUCCUCAAUUUUGUAGAAACAAAUGCGAAAACAAAGCAGUGUUCGAAGUCGUCGAAGUGUAGUUCCAAUAAUUCCUGAAAUCACAACAAUAGCUCCCGAACCCUCCAAAACUCCCGAAGAAAAACCAGCACAAACAACUCCAGAAAUCUCAAUAAUCACAGAUGCAGUUGAUAGAUUACGUGGACAUAUUGAAGAUAAUUUGAAACGUGAAAAAUAUAUGAAAAGAGCUUCGUAUGCAGUGAAUACUGAUGGCAAUUUAAAUAUGCUUCAUCCUUAUGCAAAUUCAAAUGGACCAAGUUCAGUUGGAUCUGAUCUUUCGGAAGAAGAUGAAGAAUUUGUUGUGAUUCAUGGUCAAGUUUUUCAUGGACAUGAAGCUCGAAGUCGAGCUGCGAGUUUAGCUCCGCAACCAAUGAAAAUUGCAAGUUGGAAGGAUGUGCAGGUUCUUAAAGAUCUGGGAAAUCAUCUGAAUCCCCUUCCUGAUGAAGAUGAGUGGAAUGAGAUGAAUAUUCUAUCGAAAGUACUGAAGUGUAUAAGCGUAAGAGCAUUUUCGAGAGUUAUUAGAAGAGAUAUCCGAUUUCUUGCAGAUCGUUCCAAUAGUUCUGUUCAAGCUAACAAUCCCGCUAAAUGAACUUUCCUGGUCAAAACAACUUGCUUUAAUUCACUCAAUUUUAUGCCCGAUGUUCUUGUUAUUUUCACUGCAGUGUGAGUUUUUUGUAUCGGGACGGUAUAUAGGUCAUGAAAAAGCUGAAUUUUGAAGUCGAAUCUAUGAUAUUUGGUUAAUUUCACAAAAUCAGUGGAGUUACAGAAAAUGUUCAAUUUUUUUAUAGAAAAAAUACCGACGAAUUUUUCAAAAAACUGAAUUCGAACUUUUACAAAAACUUAAAAUUUGUUCAAAAAUAUUGGCUCUGAAAAGGAUUGGAUGGUAAUCACUUUUUUUCAUUCCAAGCGUUGGGAAAAUUAUUCUUCACGGCCAAUUUUUCCCUCUUUUCUCUACCUAGUCAUUCAAACAAACCACCGACGCCUCACUGGGUUGGCUGUGUGCUAUGUUUUUCGAGAGAUAGGCUCCGCCCACUUUUCAUUUCUCUUCAAAAUUGAUAGUUUUUGAUGGGAGAAAAAAAGUUUUGAGAAAAUUAAAUUAAAAAAAAUAAAAAAUGUGUUUUCAGUAACAUUUGUUCAACCGUUCGAUAAUAGUCCAGGAUUAUGGUUAUAUGGUUUAAUGUUUGGAGGACUGUUAUUUUUAUUAGUUACAUUAUUCACGAAACUUGGCGAACAGCCAAAAUAUUAUAAGGAAAUAUAUUCGUAUACAGGUUUUCUGAUGUCAAUCGCUUGGAUUUAUCUAAUCUCAUCAGAAGUUGUAAAUGUUGUCACAAUGCUUGGAGUUGUCUCUCGAAUUUCGCAUGAAGUUUUGGGUUUGACGAUUUUAGCGUGGAGUAAUAGUAUUGGUGAUUUGAUUGCUGAUGUUUCUGUGGUAAAACAAGGAUAUCCAAGAAUGGCGAUGGCUGCAGCUAUUGGUGGACCUUUCUUUAGUUAGUUUGAAAUUUUUGAAUUUUUGAAAGUUAUGCAAUGAUGCGACUAGAAUUUAAGUAGUCCUAGUCCCUGUGAAUUUUGUAUUUGUAUGGUUGAAAAAUAAAAUAUAAAUUUUCAUUGUUUUUUUUGCAGAUUUACUAAUGGGUUUUGGAUUACCGUUCUCAAUUGCCAAACUUCAAGGAAAAUAUAUUUCUGUGAGUUUUUUUUGAAAUUUUGAAGGAAACUUUGAAACGCGUUAUUUUUAUUCAGAAUUUUGAAAGUUCUAGAAUUUUUCAAAUAUUAUAUUUUCAGAUGACAAUAAAUCCAACCUACCGUCUUCUAAUACUUUUCCUCGGAAUUAGUCUUCUCACAACUCUCAUCGGAAUUCCAAUUCAAAAAUUUCGUCUUCAACGACCACAUGCAGCUGUGCUAAUUUCAGUCUACAUAACUUUUAUAGUUUUUGUAAUUCUUUCUGAAACUAAUAUUCUUGUAUGGAAUUAA